GCAAAUUGAAGUAAAAAUCUUAGUAGUAUCGUUGGUAAAGCCAUACUCUCCGUCAUCACUGAACGUUAUCAGUGGAGGUGCAGGUGAUUGAUGUAGUGGGCGCGCACAUCCUCUUGGGACAAUUUUUACAAUAUUUUCCCCUAAUUUGUUUUUCCUUAAAUGUCUGACAUGUAUAAUGUCGUCAACUGCACGAUAUUGUAUAUACAUUUUAAUAAAAUAUACAUUGCUAAGAGUUCUAAAAGUCACGUGACAUUCGGCUUUGUACUAACUUAAACAUUUUAUCGAUGUUGACCAACGCAAGUUUUUUUAUCAAGUUUUGAUAAAUUCAUAAUUGUAUGAGAAUUGUAUGAUAAAUCACUGCUUGAUAAUAAAUGAUCAUACACUUAACAAAUAAUCAAGUAAUAGUCAAGUAAUCUGACUAGUGUGGACUGGGGCUUAGCAGAUGCACUUAUGACUUUGACAAUAACACAUGACCAUUACCAUAGUUAAAGCUGAUAUUUUUACCAUUUCGCGUUUCCGACUCAUUCCACUGUAGCUGGGUAAAGGAAAUCCUUUGCAAUGACAGCAUAUGCAAUGAGUUGGUUCACACGAGCACCGUGUUGUGUCACUCCUAACAAGCGAAAUGAUGACCAUCUGAUAAAAUGUUCAGUGAGUGAACAAUUUUUCCAAAGUACCUAACUCGUCCUCAUGACAAAUGAAUGUUAAAUGCUAAACGAAAGUUUUUCUCUGGAUUUGAAUAAAUUUGUCGAUGAGAAGGAACUAUUUUUCAUGUCACUUUUAUUGUAUGUUUUUAACCAGUGUGAUUGGUUUAUAGAAAAGCAGUUUACUCAGGGGACUUCUAUUGUUUUUACUCGGCCACAUGUAACGUUAGCCAAUUGAACGUGUUUUGAUUUUCGUUUGCCAAUAACUUUAAUAAUCGACUCUAAACGAGCAUGAAUACUGGAACAGAUAGAGAAGAAGUAUUCUUGAAAGACCGAAGUGGAGAAGAAGAAUGUGCUCAAACUGCCCUCGUCGACGAAGAAUCCCCGCUGAUAGCAGGACGAUCAGGACAGCAUGGAACAUUUARAGCAAGCRGCUUCAUUGAGAGUGUGCGUCGACUUCGUGCCAACACAGCUACUGUUUCAUUGAUCGCCAAACCUUCUCUUGAUCGACGAGCAUCUGCUUUGAUGGCUGGAUGGAAUGUCAGUAAUCUAAUCCAAGGGACAGGGAUACUCGGUGUACCGUAUGGUGUACUGAUGGGUGGCUGGACAGGGGUCGCAGCGAUACUUGUGGUGGCUGUGAUGUGUUGCUUUACUGGUAAAAUACUGAUUGAAUGUCUGUAUGAGACAUCAAAGCGCACUGGACAGCGAAAAAGAGUCAGGACAAACUACCCUGAGAUAGGUGAAGCAGUAUGGCCUCGCUGGGGAAACAACAUUAUUAGUGUCAUACAAGUCUGUGAGAUGUUUGGUGCUACCAUUAUGUACAUUGUACUUCUUGCUACUAUAUUUAGUGACUUAUUCAAGAACAUCACCCCCCUGAACAUAUCUCACUGGGCAGUCAUUUGUACGUAUGUUGCUCUACCUUUGGCCUUUGUCAGGAGGGUGUCAAUCAUUGCCUGGUUCAGUAUGGUGUCUGUGUUUGCGCUCGUGGCAGGUAUCUUGACGAUGAUUAUCUGCUGUGUCACGCAAUACAAGUUGAUGUCCAUUGAUAAGAUUCCACCAUUCAGUUUUAAAGACUUUCCAGUUGGCUUUGGUAUUAUUGUGUUCCCUGGUAUUGAAUCAAGCAUGAAGGAACCCCGCAAAUAUCCAUUAAUGAUGAAUGGGUCUUUCACUUUUGCUGCUGUUAUCAAAGUUCUUCUUGGUCUACUUGCAGUGUUGGUUUUUGGUACCAAUACAAAUCAAGUUAUCACCGUCAACAUGAAGACUAGCUUUGUUUUCAAUAUCUUAGCCAAUUUGUUUGUCAUUAGUAAUGUUUUCCUUGCCUUCCCUAUUAAUUUGUUUGUAAUCCUUGAGACUGUUGAUGCCAAAUUUCUUGGGUUUUUCCCUCACUUGGGUCCUGGAAGGAAAUUCCACUGGGUGUGGCUCAUCAUCUUAAGGACCCUUAUUCUGACCCUUGCUUUGUUCUUUGUUAUUUUGGUUCCUCAUUUUGCUCUGGUAAUGAGUUUUGUAGGGAGUUUUACUGGAACUUGUUUGUGCUUUUUGNAUAUCAGGAAUACAAGUUAUGACUAUUUUCACUGCGAAUGA